GCAUUUACUUCCGAAUUGUCAGCGUUUUUAAAAUGGCGCCGUUGGACUUGGAUAAGUAUGUUGAGAUUGCAAGACAGUGCAAAUAUUUACCAGAAAACGACCUAAAGGUGAGCAUGAAUUUACUUUUUAUUCGUGUACUUAAACAAUACCGCAAUGUUAGUGCAUUCGAUCAGGCUAUUAUCCAUCUUAUUGCGACAUCAAUAUUCACCGAAACGGAAGCAGCUAAUUUAGUUAACGUUAGCUAGCAAGUAGCUUGCCUGUUUGUUAGUUGAGCACGACACACAUUUUAGCGACAAACCUUGGACCGUUUUGUCUGCAUGCUGUUUGUUCACUGACAGAUUUGCCUUGGGGUAAUCAAGGUAGAAGAGAUGUUGUAUAUUCUCGCUAGUAGUUAACUAGCUAGACCUGUGAUGGAUAUGCACCUUAGAGAUUACUGUUAACGUUAUUUGCACUUACUCUCCACACAGUCAACCCUUAACGUUACUCAAACACAUACACACAACCACCCGUAUUAUAAACACACACAAGCUCAUACACACACGCAGUCAACACUGUUGUUCAGCGGUUACUAUAUAGACCCCUUUCCAGUACACGACACACUGACGUCACGCACAGAUGCACGCGUCUCUUGGCUGCAGUUAGAAAGCAGUCGCCAUCUGUGCCCAUUCAACACAGUCUAGAUUUACGUUUUUAUUACUUCUAAACAAACUAACUUUUUUGGGUUCACCUACGCUUACAAUGAUGUUUCGAUUCUUGCUUGAACAGUCGCUAAGAUUAUAUUUGGUUGUGAUCUUUGCAAAAUAACUAUUUUGGAUGCAGCAGUUGUUAGCUAGAAUGCUAAUGUUCAUUGACAUAGGCUGUAACAAAAGCUAGCCAAAGAGACGUUUUACUGGUUGAAGUGUUUUAAAAGUAUAAUACAGUUAAUUUGCGAUGAUGACACAAACAUUAUAUUAAGCAGGACUUUCAUACAAGCCUUAAAAUCCAAUUAUAAUCAAAAGUAGUGCGAAAUGCACUCAUAAGCAACAUGUAAAUAGAGGCGUUUUUAUGCUGGCAUUCUAAAAUAACUCAUGUUCUGCCACCAACUUGGCCACAUCGCCCUCGUGCGGCAAUGUUUGCAAACACAGAAAGGGGUCUAUAAGUUAGCUACUAUUUAUUCAACUGCGUGACCAAGACAUUACAUUCCCACUUUAUAUUACAGUCAUACUUAUAGCACAUUCAUUAUCUAUACUGUAUAUCCUCUUGUGUAUAUACAGUGCACUCAAAGUAUUCAGACUCUUCGACUUUUUCCACAUUUUGUUACAUUACAGCCAUAUUCUAACAUUUAUUAAAUCGUUUUUUCCUCAUCAAUCUACACACAAUACCCCAUAAUGACAAUGCAAAAACAGGUUUUUUGACAUUUUUGCAAAUGUAUUACAAAUAAAAAACUGAUAUGACAUUUACAUAAGUAUUCAGACCCGGCAGAUAGGCUGGCAGGUAGGAGCGUUGGGCCGCGUUGGGCCAGUAACCGAAAGGUUGCUGGAUGGAAUCCCCGAGCUGACAAGGUAAAAAUCUGUCUAUAAAGGCUAUAAAAAUAGCUUAAGAGAAAGUGCAAGUCUCUCCAACUCUGCUCUCUUCAAAUGACAUCAUCCUCCUGACAGUUAAAGGAAGAGUCUGUGCCCCUUGUCCUUCAUGGGACCACGGGACUGGACAUACUGGGUCUGAAGGGGCUAAUGGGUGAGGGUGGGGCUCUCAACAUGACCACACCCCCAGGGUUUUCCAUGCUGAGGGACGACUCUUGCUUUGCUAUAUAAACAUAUCAAUGUUCAAGCAUCAGCAUCUGCACACAGCCACUCUGUCUGAAGUGCAUUGUGAGAAUCCAAAGACUCUUUCUCAGGAGGGGUCCUACAUUUUUACAGAGGGAUAGGAUGGAAUUCCCAAUCCAGAUGGUGGGAAUGUCCUACCUACAGUGGGGGGAAAAAAGUAUUUAGUCAGCCACCAAUUGUGCAAGUUCUCCCACGUAUGGGUGGUCCUCUGUAGCUCAGCUGGUAGAGCACGGCGCUUGUAACACCAAGGUAGUGGGUUCGAUCCCCGGGACCACCCAUACGUAAAAAUGUAUGCACGCAUGACUGUAAGUCGCUUUGGAUAAAAGCGUCUGCUAAAUGGCUUAUUAUUAUUAUUAUUAUUAUUAUUAUUAUUAUUAAAAAGAUGAAAGGCUUGUCAUUUUCAUCAUAGGUACACGUCACCUAUGUCAGACAAAUUGAGAGAGAAAAAAUUCCAGAAAAUCACAUUGUAGGAUUUGCAAUGAAUUUAUUUGCAAAUUAUGUUGGAAAAUAAGUAUUUGGUCACCUACAAACAAGCAAGAUUUCUGGCUCUCACAGACCUGUAACUUCUUCUUUAAGAGGCUCCUCUGUCCUCCACUCGUUACCUGUAUUAAUGGCACCUGUUUGAACUUGUUAUCAGUAUAAAAGACACCUGUCCACAACCUCAAACAGUCACACUCCAAACUCCACUAUGGCCAAGACCAAAGAGCUGUCAAAGGACACCAGAAACAAAAUUGUAGACCUGCACCAGGCUGGGAAGACUGAAUCUGCAAUAGGUAAGCAGCUUGGUUUGAAGAAAUCAACUGUGGGAGCAAUUAUUAGGAAAUGGAAGACAUACAAGACCACUGAUAAUCUCCCUCGAUCUGGGGCUCCACGCAAGAUCUCACCCCGUGGGGUCAAAAUGAUCACAAGAACGGUGAGCAAAAAUCCCAGAACCACACGGGGGGACCUAGUGAAUGACCUGCAGAGAGCUGGGACCAAAGUAACAGCCUACCAUCAGUAACACACUACGCCGCCAGGGACUCAAAUCCUGCAGUGGCAGACGUGUCCCCCUGCUUAAGCCAGUACAUGUCCAGGCCCGUCUGAAGUUUGCUAGAGUGCAUUUGGAUGAUCCAGAAGAGGAUUGGGAGAAUGUCAUAUGGUCAGAUGAAACCAAAAUAUAACUUUUUGGUAAAAAGUCAACUCGUCGUGUUUGGAGGACAAAGAAUGCUGAGUUGCAUCCAAAGAACACCAUACCUACUGUGAAGCAUGGGGGUGGAAACAUCAUGCUUUGGGGCUGUUUUUCUGCAAAGGGACCAGGACGACUGAUCCGUGUAAAGGAAAGAAUGAAUGGGGCCAUGUAUCGUGAUAUUUUGAGUGAAAACCUCCUUCCAUCAGCAAGGGCAUUGAAGAUGAAACGUGGCUGGGUCUUUCAGCAUGACAAUAAUCCCAAACACACCGCCCGGGCAACGAAGGAGUGUAAGAAGCAUUUCAAGGUCCUGGAGUGGCCUAGCCAGUCUCCAGAUCUCAACCCCAUAGAAAAUCUUUGGAGGGAGUUGAAAGUAGAACAUCACUGCUCUAGAGGAGAUCUGCAUGGAGGAAUGGGCCAAAAUACCAGCAACAGUGUGUGAAAACCUUGUGAAGACUUACAGAAAACGUUUGACCUGUGUCAUUGCCAACAAAGGGUAUAUAACAAAGUAUUGAGAAACUUUUGUUAUUGACCAAAUACUUAUUUUCCACCAUAAUUUGCAAAAAAAUUCAUUAAAAAUCCUACAAUGUGAUUUUCUGGAUUUUUUUUCUCUCAUUUUGUCUGUCAUAGUUGACGUGUACCUAUGAUGAAAAUUACAGGCCUCUCAUCUUUUUAAGUGGGAGAACUUGCACAAUUGGUGGCUGACUAAAUACUUUUUUCCCCCACUGUAUAUGGAAGCUCUGGGUGGUUUAUGGAACACUGCUUAUUUUCCCGACAUGGUUUGAUUUAAACCCUAUUAAAUGUUGCUCUUUAAUUGUCAAAUAUACUAUAUGUAAAUGCUAAUGCUGUGCUGUAUACUGUAUGUUUAUAAAAUAAACAAGUGCCAACCAAUACAAUUCCAAGCUUCAGAUUUCAGCCGUCGUGUUGUCCAAUAGGGUUAGAGCGGACCAAUCAAAAAGCUUACCUAAACUGUGUCUGUAUCUAUCUCUGUGUGUGUGUGUGUGUGUGUGUGUGUGUGUGUGUGUGUGUGUGUGUGUGUGUGUGUGUGUUAUAUGAUAUCACAUGUUGAGUGUGUUCUACAGUUCCAGCUCUCUGGUUCACAGGGAGGAGUCACUGAUUUACUGGCUAUAUUUAGAGCACUAUUGGGCUUUUUCAAAGGUUGUCUCCAUGUAAGUCGCUUUGGGUAAAAGCAUCUGCUAAAUGGCAUAUAUAUAUAUAUAUCUAGCAUAUUGGCUGAUAUAGCCCAGUAAUACAAUGUAAGGGCCAUGUGAAAAUCUCUGGUAAUUUAACCUAUUUCUUAAGUUAUGUUUGCGCAUUUGAUAUUGCUAAUAGGGCGCAGAAUUGCUGGGACCGUGGCUGGCAAGUAAGCUGCGUCACAUACACCUAAAAUAACAUUGCGGGACUGUGGUUGGGUUUGGGACCAGUUCUUACGGUAGCGGGUGGGAGUCGGACAGAAAGCCAGCGUCUGCCGUCGGGAGUGGGAUGAAGAAAUCGGUCCCACGCAGACCUCUAAUGUGCACCGUGACAGUGAAGCUUGUGACAUUUAUAGCAGUUUUUUACUGUGUCAGUGUGAAAAGCAAGGAAUUAGCUAGGGAAACUGACAGAUCAAUAAUGUUACAUUGCCAUACUGACUAAUAAAACUCACAUUGCACUGAAAAAACAUCAGAAUAUAAAUCUUCAGUCGUUUGGCCGAUGGUGUCAUCGUUAGAUUCAGAUCUAGUGUGAUUGAGGCAAAAAGAAUAGCUAACAUUAGCCAACUUUUGGGCAGCUUUCUCUGUAACAGUACAUCAACUGGUGAAAGCUAGCCAAAUUAAUUUACUUCUGAAACGGGACUAAACAAAGGUUACAAAACAUUUUCAUACAAACAACAGCUGUUAGGUGGUGGUGGUAUUAGUAGUAGUAGUAGUAGUAGUAGUAGUAGUAGUAGUAGUAGUAAUAGCCACCUCAUAUCGCUAUCUGACAGAUAACUACAGGCUAGAGCUGACCUGGCUGUGGUAGCUGCUACUAGCUAGCGUAGCUUAUUCAUUCACCUCACUCGAGAGGGGAUGAAACAUUAGAUAACGUUACUGUACAUGUCAGUUACAAUACUAGCUCAGCACUGCGAAUAAACACUAGUUUAGUUUUUUUCUGUUAAGUUAAACAGCAGUUACCUUGCCAGCUACAUCAGUCAACUAAAGAGUAGCCAGUUUCUGCUCUGCUUGCUUUUACAACUCAGUGAAAGAGAGCAACACAUACACACUGAACUAUGCUCAACUUUCCCGUGCUGGUUCAGCGAACCUUCCAGAAGCUUUUCCUCCACACAGCCUGUCAGCCUGCUCUGUGGUGUCCUUGCUGUCCUACAUGUCCCCAGUGAAAGUUGUGCCCCUGAUGGAAAAUAUAUUUCAUGGUGGUUUAGAUGGUACAAUGAUUCUCUACACUAUACUAGCUUAUUUUGUCACACAAACUGAAAUUAGGCGAACUAUUAAGAGUUUUAGCAACCAGGAAAUUACAGAGCGAUGUAUGCAUAGUGCAACUUUAAUUCGAUGUUCCUGUUCUUUUUUGAAGACUUCUCACAAAAACAAGCGCAUCUCUGUGAAAUGUCAACGGCGCACUGAGCGUACUGCAAGCAUUUUAUUUUCAAAGCCUUUUACAUUUAAUUCUGCUCGUGUCAUGCUAACUUAGCUAUUUGCAACCCACAGAAACAACUUAGAAGACGAGACGACCACAAAAUGCGAAAUCCUCAAAAGUUUCGUAAAGAAAGCUGUGUCAACAGAGCUCGAUGUACCUGCUAGCCCUGCAAUUUUUAAAAAAUGUUGAUACAUCUAACAUUAGCAAAUUCAAAUAUGGUCGUUUCGAAAUAUCAGUAGGCCCAACGUGCAAGUGUUAUUUGGCAGCCUGAUAAUUUUGUCAUGUGUCUCACCCCUUACAGAGAUUAUGUGACUACGUAUGUGAUUUGCUACUCGAGGAAUCAAAUGUUCAACCAGUAUCCACUCCAGUCACUGUUUGUGGAGACAUUCAUGGCCAGGUAUUAUCCAAUUUCCUUUUUUUUGAUACCUUUCCCAAAUUAUUUUGUUAUUUUACUAUGCACAUUCUAAAUAUCCCCAUUUUUAUAGUAGUAUGAUCCAGUUGCCAUGAAUGUGAAAUUCUUUUUCUGAUCCCGGUCUCCAGUUUUAUGACCUAUGUGAACUCUUCAGAACUGGCGGACAAGUUCCAGACACAAACUACAUUUUUAUGGUAAGUAAGAAGCUGUAUUCUAUUGUUAAGCUGUUCUGUAGCAGGAUGGUAUUGAGAAUGGUAAGAAACUGGAUGACUUGAGAUUGAUCUGAACCCUGGUCAGUGACUGUCUCUGUUUCCUCAGGGAGACUUUGUGGACAGGGGAUACUACAGCUUGGAGACAUUCACAUACCUGCUAGCCUUAAAAGCCAAGUGGCCGGACCGCAUCACGCUUCUACGAGGAAAUCACGAAAGCAGGCAGAUCACACAGGUGUACGGCUUUUACGGUGAGACGCAUACCUAAUUGCUGGGGGCACAUCAACUCUAACAAGACCUAAGACAAUAUGGAUCCUUGUAGGGUCUCGUGCCCUAGUUAUUGUGACAGCUAACUUAAUGGUUCUAACUAAAUGAACAAACAAACAAGUAAUCUAUAGGUUGACUCACUUGGCUUAUUCCUUUAAGCUCCUAGUGGCGCAAAGGGCCUUAAUGGUCCAUCUCCAGCAGACUCUGUUCUGUUCGAACCCACAAUUGCUGAUGCUCCAGAUACUCAACUAGUCUCAAGAAGGCCAGUUGUAUUGCUUCUUUAAACAGUUUUCAGCUGUGCUAACAUAAUUGCAAAAGGGUUUUCUAAUGAUCAAUUAGCCUUUUAAAAUUAUAAACUUGGAUUAGCAAACACAAGGUGCUAUUGGAACACAGGACUGAUGGUUGCUGAUAAUGGGCCUCUGUACGCCUAUGUAGAUAUUCCAUAAAAGAAUCAGCCUUUUCCAGCUACAAUAGCCAUUUACAACAUUAACAAUGUCUACACUGUAUAUCUGAUCAAUUUGAUGUUAUUUUAAUGGACAAAAAAAAUGCAUUUCUUUCGAAAAUAAGGACAUUUCUAAGUGACCCCAAACUUUGAACGGUGGUGUAUGUAUAUGAUGGUGUGUAUAGACAUUAUGGACAGUAUAUUAAUAGAGAAGGUGUGUCUAUUCAUAUACUGAAAAAGUCACUAGGCAGCACGCCGUGUGCGCAAUACGCAAACUGCCGUAUCUUGCGGGGUCAGGUCUGGGUUGUCUGCAAUGGACCGUUUCAUUUAGUAUCUGUUGGGGUCAGCUUGGGGCGUGAUUCUAUUUCCCCAUAGUAUGUUGUUCUGAAAUUGACUGACUGGAAGAGAACGUAGCGUUAUGACUAUAACUACUGUUCCCUGAAGGAGGGAAACGAAAUACAACACCCAUUUGGCCCCGCACCACCCGUUCCUGUGCUCGGUGAAGAGCAGUAUUAAAUUGAAGGAAUUAAUCUGAGCCUUAUGCUUAUCACCUGUGGAAGGUUGGGCUUCCAGCGAGGCACGGAUUUCAUUGACCUUGUCAGGUGUGAUUUUAGAACCUUCAACCGAAGUUGCGAGAUUUCGACUCCCCAUGGUAUGUUGUACCUCAUUUCCCUCCUCCAGGGAACAGUAAUUAUAGUCAUAAUGUUACGUUUGGAUAUCUCUGCAGGAUUGCUACAGCAGUUGAGGUUCUGUUUCAGCUGCCUCCUUUGUUCUAUAAGAAUCCAGGUUGCAUCUGAGAGCCACUUUCCGAUAGUUUUCCUUACGGCCCAGGACUUACGGCCCAAGUUUCUAACCAGGUGUUUUUUUAACAUGGUCCAGUGCUCGUCCAGUGUGUCUUCCCUCAGUGAGGUGUGAGAUGGCACUCAAUCUGUUCUGCAGUGUGACAGCAUAUGUCUCCUAUAUCAGUUGUGUUCUGAAGCUCUGGAUAUUGAACUUGUGGUGUGGUUUGUUACUUGGCAUCUUUGAAGGCUCUCAGCUUGGUUUUGAGGGUUCCCACGAGCAUGUGGUGGUCGGAGGCAAUGUCAGCACCUCUCCUAACUCUAACAUCAAGUAAGCUCCUUCUCCAUUUGCCUUCUAUGAUGAUGUGGUCGAUCUGGUUCUGAGUCCCAGGUUGCUUUAUGGAUCCUCUUGUGGGGAAAGAUGCUACCUCCUACAACUAGGUUGUUAUUGGCACAGAAGUCUCUGAAUAGCUCUCCAGUUUCAUUUAUCUGACCAAGGCCAUGAACCCCCAUUAUGGUCCCUUUGCCUGUGUUGUCUGAACCUAUCUUGGCGUUUAGGUCUCCCGUUAGGAUCUUGAUGUCUCUUCUGGGUGUUGCAUCAUAGACUGCUUGUAGCUUCUCGUUAUAGAGCUGUUUUGAUUCCUCCACUGCAUUGUUUAUUUGUGUGUAGCAUUGGAUAACGGUGACUUUCCUGUCGUUGGAGUUAAACCUUGCCGUGAUGAUCCUUGGUGAAACUGCCUCCCACUCCAUCAGGGCCUUGGCCAUCAUGAUAGCUACACCUUCAAUGUGGUCAUGGUCUUUGUCCUCGAGUCCUGAAUAGGCAAUCACUUCCCCGCUUUGAUAGUGUGGUCAAAUCUGCACCAGUCCAGCAAGCUUCAGCAAUCCCUAGUUGCUUUAUUCCUUUAUAACUUGGGUGGCUUGUGCUGCUUUUUCUGCUUGGUACAUUGUACAGACAUUCCAGGUCCCAAGUCGGAUUGAGGUCUUGGUUGUAAGAAGAAGAUUUUUCCGCAGGCUGGCUUCCUGGAGGUUUUCACCAGUCUGCUUCAUUAGUCCCCUCGGCAGGGGUGGGCCUCCAUUUGUUUUUCGAGUUCGCAUUUGCAUUGUUAGGUUUCUGUAACAGCGUUUCGUUUUACGUGACAGGGUUGUUAGCCCUGCGCACAACCCCCAACCUGGAGGACCAAUUUAUAGGUUAUUACUGUGUAAUGAUCUUUUCUUCCAUUAUAUCUGGGAAUGUUGUACCAUAAAAUGAAGCGCUACCAGAAUUCUAAUGUGUGAAGUGUAAUAUAAGUUCUUUUUUUGCAGAUGAGUGCCAAACGAAAUACGGGAAUGCAAACGCCUGGCGAUACUGCACUAAAGUAUUUGACAUGCUAACAGUAGCCGCUGUAAGUCCAGCCAUUGAUUUCCACUUUUACAAUAUAAAUGAAAUGGUAAUCAUCUUGACCUUUCACUCUUCUUUUAAGUGCAUGUGCUUUUGUUAUGUAAAAUUUUCCCACACUUACAGUACAAGUCAAAGGUUUGGACACACCUACUCAUUCCAGGGUUUUUAUUUAAUUUUUACUAUUUUCUACAUAGUUGAAUAAUAGUGAAGACAUCAAAACUAUGAAAUAACACAUAUGGAAUCAUGUAGUAACCAAAAAAGUUUUAAACAAAUCAAAAUAUAUUUUAGAUUCUUCAAAGUAGCCACCCUUUGCCUUGAUGACAGCUUUGCACACUCUUGGCAUUCUCUCAACCAGCUUCAUGAGGUAGUCACCUGGAAUGCAUUUCAAUUAACAGGUGUGCAAUCAGUUGUUGUGGCACUCAUGAGGACCGCCACAGGAAAGGAAGACCCAGAGUUACCUCUGCUGCAGAGUAUAAGUUCAUUAGAGUUACCAGCCUCAGAAAUUGCAGCCCAAAUAAAUGCUUCACAGAGUUCAAGAAACAGACACAUCUCAACAUCAACUGUUCAGAGGAGACUGCGUGAAUCAGGCUACUAAAGGACACCAAUAAGAAGAAGAGACUUGCUUGGGCCAAGAAACACGAUCAAUGGACAUUAGACCGGUGGAAAACUGUCCUUUGGUUUGAUGAGUCCAAAUGUGAGAUUUUUGGUUCCAACCGCCGUGUCUUUGUGAAAUGCAGAGUAGGUGAACGGAUGUGUAGUUCCCACCGUGAAGCAUGGAGGAGGUGUGAUGGUGUGGGGGUGCUUUGUAUUUGUAUUUAUUAUGGAUCCCCAUUAGCUGCUGCCAAGGCAGCAGCUACUCUUCCUGGGGUCCAGCAAAAUUAAGGCAGUUAUACAUCUAAAAAAACAUUACAAUACAUUCAUAACAGAUUUCACAGCACACUAAGUGUGUGCCCUCAGGCCCCUACUCUACUACCACAUAUCUACAACACAAAAUCCAUGUGUACGUGUGUGUAUAGUGAGUAUGUUAUCAUGUGUGUAUGCAUGUGUCUGUGCCUAUGUUUGUGUUGCUUCACAGUCCCAGCUGUUCCAUAAGGUGUAUUUUUAUAUGUUUUUUUAAAAUCUGAUUCUACUGCUUGCAUCAGUUACCUACUAUGGUAGUACUGUGCGCCUCCCAUAGUCUGUUCUGGACUUGGGGACUGUGAAGAGACCUCUGGUGGCAUGUCUUGUGGGGUAUGCAUGGGUGUCUGAGCUGUGUGCCAGUUGUUCAAACAGACAGCUCGGUGCUUUCAACAUGUCAUCCGCAUACGUAGACACUCUGGCUUUACUCAAAGCCAGUGGCAUGUCAUUAGUAAAAAUUGAAAAAAGUAAUGGGCCUUGACAGCUGCCCUGGGGAAUUCCUGAUUCUACCUGGAUUAUGUUGUAGUGGCUUCCAUUAAAGAACACCCUCUGUGUUCUUUUAGACAGUUAACUCUGUAUCCACAAUAUAGCAGGUGGAGUGAAGCCAUAACACAUACGUUUUUCCAGCAGCAGAUUAUGAUCGAUAAUGUCAAAGCCACACUGAAGUCUAACACUGUCAGUGAUUUAUUUAGAAUUCAAGGCACACUUAACCAGCAUGGCUACCACAGCAUUCUGCAGCGAUACGCCAUCCCAUCUGGUUUGCCCUUAGUGGGAGUAUCAUUUGUUUUUCAACAGGACAAUGACCCAACACACCUCCAGGCAGUGUAAGGGCUAUUUGACCAAGAAGGAGAGUGAUGGAGUGCUGCAUCAGAUGACCUGGCCUUCACAAUCACCCGACCUCAACCCAAUUGAGAUGGUUUGGGAUGAGUCAGACGGCAGAGUGAAGGAAAAGCAGCCAACAAGUGCUCAACAUAUGUGGGAACUCCUUCAAGACUGUUGGACAAGCAUUCCAGGUGAAGCUGGUUGAGAGAAUGCCAAGAGUGUGCAAAGCUGUCGUCAAGGCAAAGGGUGGCUACUUUGAAGAAUCUCAAAUAUAAACUAUAUUUAGAAUUGUUUAACACUUUUUUUGGUUACUACAUGAUUCCAUAUGUGUUAUUUCAUAGUUUUGAUGUCUUCACUAUUAUUCUACAAUGUAGAAAAUAGUAAAAAUAAAGAAAAACCCUUGAAUGAGUAGGUGUCUCCAAACCUUUGACUGGUACUGUAUGAGUCUAUAACUAAUUGGAGUUUCUGACCACAGUUGAUAGACGAGCAGAUCCUUUGUGUGCAUGGUGGCCUUUCACCUGACAUCAAGACCCUGGACCAGAUCCGCACGAUCGAGCGCAACCAAGAGAUUCCCCACAAGGGGGCCUUCUGUGACCUGGUGUGGUCGGACCCAGAGGAUGUGGACACUUGGGCCAUCAGUCCGCGAGGUGCAGGCUGGCUCUUUGGCGCCAAGGUCACUAAUGAGGUAAAUGCAUAAAAUUGUUCUCCUGCGUAGAGGGGUAACUACCAAAGGGGACAAUGAUAAAUGCAGGCCUAGACAGGCUUCCAGACUGACUGUUUUGGUCGCAUUGGUUGUCUCGCCUCAUGUCAAUCACAAUGCGUCAUUGCCAAUGCAGAGAGUAAGUGACAUGGUCAUUCUAACUAUCGUCAACCAUUCUAACUAUCGACACCUUCAGUGCUUGAAUUGUAAACCCCCCCCCCCUCCCCAGGUGCACAUUUUGGUUUUUGCCCUAGCACAACACAGCUGAUUCAAAUAAUCAAAGCUUGAAGAUUAGUUGGUUAUUUGAAUCAGCUCUGUAGUGCUAGGGCAAAAACCAGAACAUGCACCCUGGGAAAAGUUAAUCUGGAGCCUUGCUAGAGGUCCAUGUGGAAAGGACUCUUGGGGGUGCACCUCACCUCCUAUGUUGAAUACUGAGUUCCAUCCAUGAUCCUUCUUUCCCCAUUUCAGUUUGUUCACAUCAACAAUCUGAAGCUGAUCUGCCGUGCACACCAGCUGGUCCAUGAGGGCUACAAGUUCAUGUUCGAUGAGAAGCUGGUGACGGUGUGGUCUGCGCCCAACUAUUGUUACCGCUGUGGAAACAUUGCCUCCAUCAUGGUUUUCAAGGAUGUGAACACACGGGAGCCCAAGCUGUUCCGCGCCGUGCCCGACUCGGAGCGGGUCAUCCCUCCCCGAACAACAACGCCUUACUUCCUCUAAUUACAAGAGCCAUUUUGUUCAGUUCCAAAAUAGCCCCCAGCCUCUUCCCCUUGCCCCUAUCCCUUUUGGUGUUUGCAGUCUUAAGGGAGGGGAUUGGUGUAACUGAGAAAUAUAACAAUGGCUUCACCAUGGUCUGGUCCAGAAACAACCAUAGCUCUUGCCCCUUCAAUGUUUACAGAGCUGAAGGAAUGAGGUGGGUGUUAUCAAUAUGAUAGAAGCUCCGCUGUACCUCAUUGGAAAGCUAGGUGGAGCUGUCACUAGUUUGUUUACUUUACGCCUGUCUGAUCCUUUCAGAUCUACAAACACCAAAGUGAUAGAUGCUUCAAUCAAUCAAUCAAAUUGAUUU